AUGGCAAGCCUCCGAAAAACCCACCCCCUACUAAAAAUCGCAAACGACGCACUCGUUGACCUCCCCGCCCCAUCAAAUAUCUCAGUCUGAUGAAACUUCGGAUCCCUGCUAGGCCUCUGCCUGGCAACUCAAAUUCUCACGGGCUUAUUCCUCGCUAUACACUAUACCUCUGACAUCGCAACCGCCUUCUCAUCCGUCGCCCACAUUUGCCGUGACGUCAACUACGGCUGGUUAAUCCGAAACAUUCAUGCUAAUGGCGCAUCCUUCUUUUUCAUCUGCAUCUACUUGCAUAUUGGCCGAGGAUUAUACUAUGGCUCGUACCUCUACAAAGAAACCUGAAACAUCGGGGUAGUUCUCCUUCUCCUAGUUAUAAUGACUGCCUUCGUAGGGUAUGUCCUUCCCUGGGGACAAAUAUCCUUUUGAGGCGCAACAGUUAUUACCAACCUCCUCUCAGCCGUUCCUUACAUUGGCAACACCCUAGUUCAAUGGAUCUGAGGCGGCUUCUCAGUCGACAAUGCCACCCUCACCCGCUUCUUUGCCUUCCAUUUCUUAUUUCCUUUUGUCAUCGCUGCUGCCACAGUAAUUCACCUGCUCUUUCUUCACGAGACAGGGUCUAAUAACCCCUUAGGAUUGAACUCUGACGCUGAUAAAAUUUCGUUCCACCCCUACUUCUCCUACAAAGACCUGCUUGGAUUCGCAGCCCUCCUCAUUGCCCUCACCUCAUUAGCCUUAUUUUCCCCCAACCUCCUGGGAGACCCAGACAACUUUACCCCUGCCAAUCCCUUAGUAACUCCGCCACACAUUAAGCCCGAAUGAUAUUUUCUUUUUGCCUACGCCAUUCUUCGCUCCAUCCCUAAUAAACUAGGAGGGGUUUUAGCCCUCCUCGCUUCAAUUCUUGUACUAAUAGUCGUGCCCAUCCUCCACACAUCGAAACAACGCGGCCUGACAUUCCGCCCCCUCACCCAGCUCCUAUUCUGAGCCCUCGUCGCCGACGUCGCCAUCCUAACCUGAAUUGGAGGUAUGCCCGUAGAACAUCCGUUUGUCGUAAUCGGACAAGUUGCCUCCUUCAUGUACUUUUCCCUCUUCCUGUUCCUUUCUCCCCUAGCAGGUUGGCUAGAGAACAAGGCCCUCGAAUGAUCCU